UUCCCACCUCCUUUGGGGUGAGCCAAGCGAGGGCCCCCACACUAGGCUCCCAUCUCAGCCAUUCAGAGGGUUCCCAGGGUGCAGGCCCACCUUGUCCGCUUGCCCUCCCCCCUUCCCCACUGCCUCCCAGCCACACUUGGGUUCCAGGGCCUUCUCCAGAAAGCACCUGAGCCCCCACUGCUCUCCUUGCUCUCCUGGGCCUGGCGUGGGGAGUGGGCUGGAUCCCGGGGUGCGCCACGGAAAACGUCCCCACCGCACCUUGUGUCCCAAGGCUGGCACCUUGUGGUGCUGGGGCCUGACCUGGGGUGUCACGGAGGGGUCAGGCACAGCGGUGUGUGAGAGGCACAGGCAGCCUUUCCCCAUGUGCCCAGCUGGGCCAGGCCUGCAAGGCACAGGAGGUGGGGAGGUUUCUGAAGUUGCUUUCCAGAACAAUAGGGCCUCUGACUGCCUGCACUCUGGUCAGGACGAGCAGUGACGCUAACUGCCUGCCCCCCCAUGCGGGCCCUGCACCCAGCCUUCUGGGAAGUGGGUCUGCCCUGCUAUUGCGGCCCCCUGUCCUGUGUCCUGGGGGACCUCAGAGGCAAGGAGACCUGCCCAGCCCACACAGUUGUCGGGGCAGUUGGCCCUGCGAGGACACGCCCAUUGCAUCAUUUAGGCGUGAACCCAGGAUGGGGGUGCUCCAAGAAUGACCAGUGCGUGGACAUGGGGUGUCCCACUCGCACAUGCCCCUGGUUGCAGCUCUGGAUGGAGUCUGGCAGCUCGUUGGCCUGGCUCCCUGUCCAAGGUGACCUGCGGGCGUCAUUACUCAGGGCUGGCUUGGGAGCUUCCGGAGACCCGGGUGGCUCCGUCAACACUUGAUCCGGGCCCCAAUUCUGGGCAAAAGGGCAAGGCCCGGGGGUACUGGGUGGGGCCCUAGAUGGCCUGGGUAGGGCCCAGCCCACUGGAGGACAAGAGCCAGGAGGAGACACAGGCUCCCCUGCCCAACCCAUGCCCUGGGAGUCACCUGGGUCUCCCCAGGGCACCCCUGGGAACAGGCUGCGUGGCCUGGGAGGCUGUGCCCGCCUGCCGCCCGCUGAGAGGGCCUCUGUACUGGGCUGGGCUAAAAAUAGCAGGGCGAUGGCAGGGCAGGGACAGCCGGUGGGAGGCUCCUGGGGAGGGGCCGGGAGGGGGCAUCAGAUGGCAGCCUCGGGCCCAGGACCGGCCGUCAAUGGCGCUGGCGCACCCACCCUGUUCCCGGUGGCCGGCCAGCCUCGGCCCAGCUGACAGGCUAUUUUUUCCCUGCUUGACUAAAUAUGGUCAGGGAGCACAGCCCGAGGGGGCCACUUGGCCGGCUGCGUGUUUGGGAUGCUUGGCCGGGUAUAUAAGGACUGCAAAGGUGAGGCGGGUUCCCGAUGCUCAGGGGGCCCCCACACCCGCUCCGGGCCUCGGGUCAGCCCUCCGCGCCCUCCCCUCCCCCGCUGCCGUGCAAGUGCGAGCCUGCACGCCGCGGCCGGCCCCCUUUGUUCCGGCCCGACCUCUGCCUCGCGCCGACCCCGGCUGGGGUGCAGGGGCGCCCUGCAGACGCGGCCCGGGGCCGGGAGGGGCUCAAGGUGCGCGGGCCGCGCGGCCGCUUCUGCCGAACUCUGCGGCGCGCCCGCCCGCCGGCCGCCCGCCCGCCACUCCUGCGCCUCUCGUGCUUCCUCUCCCUCUCCCUCAAGGUCCCCCUCCCUGCUAAGUCUGCGCUGCUGCAGGAGGGCUGGGGGAAGGGCCGGGGUGCGCAGAGGGGGUGCCGGUGUCUUCUUUCUCUCUGCCUCCCCCACCCCCAAGUGCGGACGCGCCGGGCGCUCCGGCCUCCCCCACCCCUGCAUUCGCGAUUGGCUCCGGGAGAAGGUGGAUGGCGCUGCCGCGGCUGCAGCGGCUGCCGGAGAGCCGCGCGGGGCGCACCGCACCCGAGAGCCGCGACCCUGCGCCCGCAGCCGCCGUCGCCAGCCCGGCUGGAGGGGCUCCGCGGCGACCUCCCUGAGUGACAGCCUCCUUCCAAGUCCCGGCCUCACCUGCAGGCCUGCCCUGGGCCAUGGCGAGGCCUCCGUCCCAUGCUGCUCCUGACGCCCCGUGGGUUCCUCUCUUCUUCCUUCCUGUGGUGGGGACCAACUGUCCAUUGUUUUCAAACUCCCGGCUUCGGGGUGGCUAGAGAAGUUGGUGGGGGAGAGGGGCCGCUACUUGUCCAUCACAGGGAAGUUUGGAAAUGCAGUGGAGGGAAUAUCGACACAGUUAAGUACUCAAAAGUGCUUAGUUUGCCGCUUGCUCAGUUUACUUAAACCCUCUUUAACGGGUUUAUUAGACGCCAGUGAGCACAGGGGAAAUUCAUUAACAGGAAGGCGGCCCCUGCGUUUGCCUGUAAAUUGGUAUUGAUCAGGCCUGGCGGAGACCGGGCGGAGGCCACAAAGAGCCAGGUGGGGACCGGCCGCCCUGGGUGCCCGUGUGAGCUGCCUGCUUGCGCAAGCAUCGUUUCAGGGGCCUCCGCAGAGGUGGUGACGCCAGGAGUGGAGAAGGAGAGGAGGAGGAGGAGGCGUGGGGGGGGGGCAGGGGCCAGCCCCAGUCCCUCGCCAUACGGGUGUCUGCUCUGUGGCCAGGCUGAGGCAUGGGCCACCUCCCAGCAGCUCCUACCGCCCUGGGACUUGGGGUCCGCCUGCAAGUGCCCUUCUCACGCACUUCUUUAAAGACAGAGGCACCGAGCCCCCCCUUGGGUGCCAGUUCCUGGAUGCACAUCACCAGGGACCUGCCCGGGAGUCACCCAGCUGCCCAGGUAAGGCCUGUCCCUUCCUCGGGUCUCCUGGUGCUGUCUCCCCAGUCUGGGCCUGCGGCGAGGGGUGCUUCUUGCUGGUUCUAGCUGCCUUGCUCCCGGACUGCUAAGGGGGAGGGCCCUCCCUGUGCACUUGGCAGGGACAAAAGCACCCAGAUAGAGACGGAGGGUGCUGGCUACGUCUCGGCACUGUGUGGGGAAUGGCACAUCCUUUCUCUGCGGCGAGGGUGGAAGGUGGCAGCCUGGUUCCUUUCUUGUUCCACUGAUGCAAAACUACGCGAAUGUUGGGGUGAUUAAAGGGAUUCUUGAGAUUUUC